AUGUUUCAGGGCACGUACCAACAGGAAAUAGAGAAAAUGUUGCUGGAUCAUUGUCUGGGAACCUUCCGGCGUACACAGCAGCGGUGCAUAAAAAGACCCUUCAGGCCGGGAAGCGAGGCAGCCGCAGUGGCUCGCUCGACAGGCGCAGGCAGAGGGUGUCGGGAGCAUUCAAAUCAAAACACGUGUCGCCAGAGAACGCGCCUGCGCGGCAGCCGCGCUGUCGGUUUUAUCGCCGACGUGUGUCCCCCGCAGGUCGGCGCGCAGCCUCCGCGCUACGGAGUACCUGCCAGGCAGUUGGCGGAGGUGGCGGUGGCGGUGCGGGGGAGAUGCGCCGCGAUUAUCGCGCCGACGACACCUGCCGACGCGACGUGGCGUAUCGGGCUGGGGGAGCCGGCCGCCGAAUGCGGGCAGGCGGCGCCGGGAGAGAAGGGUGGGGGUGCGCGCGGCACAAGGCGAGGAAUUCAGCCGGCAGCCGCGGGCCGGCAGCGGGAUUCCUCAGGGGCCGCUGGCUGUCUGGAGGCGGAGGCGGGGGCGGAGGCGGAAGCGGGGGCGGGGGCGGCCCUGGGCAGGCGCGGGACACCGGCCGGGCGGGGCGGCGGCAGGCCUCCACUGUGCAAACUUCCUACGUCACGGAAGUCUCCAACGUCGAGAGGGAAAUAUACAUCUAUUACACGUGUCUGA